UGUAAACAGGAACUUGACAAAAAGCUCACCGCUGUCAGUUGUGGAUAACUGACAAUGGAAAGACAAAGCGUUGAUGAUUCAGCUCUAAAAGCCAUAGACGAAUACUGCGAGUACAAAAGGAUUGUGGGUGAUGAUGAUGGAGGUGUCUUGUUCACUCAAGCACAAUAUGAGGAGUACAAGAGAACGGUGGUCCCUCGACGCAUGAAAAACAGGCUGUAUGUGAGCUUUGGGGUGCCAGGAGGCAUCGACUGCAAACUCGUUGGUCCCGAGACUCCGUGCUUCUGCACACAUAGGUAUAAACAACACAAGACAGAUUUUGAGGUGAUUCCCUCUGAGAGGCCCCUGACUCUACAGUGCCAGGUGAGGGGAUGCCGCUGUCCUACCUAUGAGUAUGUUCCUCGAAAUGGACCAAAACAUGUCCGCUGCAGGUGUAAACACUUACCGGAGGACCACAGUGUAACCGCUGGACAUCUGUGCAGGAAGUGCCAUUCCUGUUCUGGGUUCCAGAGCCCCUUCACCUGUGGGUGUAGUCAACCAUCCUAUGCUCACCGAACCCUGGUUGAGACAAAGUCUGAGAGAGAGGCUCGGGGACAGCCAGUAGGCAGGGACGUCCCGUAUGCUGCCAUGGGGGGGCUGACGGGAUUCACUUCCCUAAUGGAUGGCUACCUCGCACGAGAGGCCGGUUGCUCAGAUCAAGGCACAGAAGGUGGCAGCCAACAGUGACGCAACUGAGAUUAACCAACCAUAAUCUACGUGACACAUAGGUUCGGUAGUAAGCCACAUUUCAAAUGUUUGAUUUCUACAUAUGAGCUGUAAAAAACAUUGAGAUUAAACCUAAACAUCUCCCGUACGUACAAAUACUGUAUUAAAAAUGCUAUUAAUCUCUCAAUGCACGUUCCAUAAAAUGGUCAUUUUACACAUCUG